UGAUUUUAAUCUGCCCACUAAUGUUGACCCGGGAACCUGUUCGUGGAAUAGGGGAAGCGGGGCUCACUUUUCAAGCACGAGAAACUGCUGGGAAAGCGAGGCCCUGCACGACAGAUGCUUCUAUCCGUCACUAAAAAAUUCAGAAUCUUGAGAUGAGGGUGCAGAGAAGGCCACAAGAAGUUGGAAAAACCUCCUGAGCCGACCAAUGGUCUUCUGAUGAGGUGUGUCGUUCAUCUUACAACUUUUUAAAGCCCUGUUGACCGAGUGGUUAAGCUCUUGAUUAAGCGACGUUGAAAGAUCGGGAGUCGGACUUGCCACCCUGUGUGUAGAGGAUUUACCCGAUUCACGUGGACGGCCCAAUUUGCGUGCAUCAGGAUCGGUGAAAAACCGAAAGAGGGACAAGAAUAACGAGGAAAGAAAAGGAGGCUGCUUUUGUGGGGAGAGAGAGGGGAGAGAGAGAGAGAGAGAGAGAGCAAGAAGAGAUGAAGGAACAAAUCAUUGGGAGUCCAUUGAUGAUGAGGUCAUAUGAGAGCACUCCGGAGAGACCCUUCUCUGUGUCUGAACCGGCCAGUGUGAUCCAGAGCCCCUCUUCUUCAGAUGGCUUCAACUCCUUCAAGAUCGAUGAAGAGGAGACCUACCCGGGGCGCCAGAGAAAGUUUGGCAGGAAGAGCAGCAGCUUCGCCUUCCGAGUCCGCGACCACGUGAAACUGGGGCCGAAGCUAUCGGAGACGGUGAAGGGCAAGCUGAGAUUGGGGGCAAAAAUUGUGCAAGGAGGAGGGAGAGAGAGCAUAUUCAAGCAGGUGUUUCGGAUGGAGGAAGGAGAGGAGUUCCUCAAGGCCUCACAGUGCUACUUGUCAACCACUGCUGGCCCAAUUGCUGGCCUCCUCUUCAUCUCCACCAAGAAGAUUGCCUUCUGCAGUGAGAGAUCCAUCACCUUCCCUUCCCCUAAUGGGAAGCUAGUUAGAUCACCUUACAAGGUUCUGAUACCGACGGAGAAGAUAAAGCGAGCGAACCGGAGCGAGAACGUGAACAAUCCAGCGCAGAAGUACAUAGAAAUACUCACAGAAGAUGACUACGAGUUCUGGUUCAUGGGGUUCUUGAGGUACGAGAAGGCCUUCAAGAAUCUUGAGAAGGCCAUGACAGUGGCUAAUCGGAUGUAAAGGAAGGCCAACGAGAUGAUCUUGGUCAACUUAGUGAAAUUAGUGGACUCCUCUGUGCUAGUGUAAUGUGUUUUCAGAUGCAGGGCAUGGGAAGAAUGCUCUGCAGCAGAACAUCCAAUUUUGUGUUAUAAGCAUCAAGCACUUUCUAGAUGGGUGAAUAUAUGCGACUAUUUUGUAAGUAUGCAAGAUAUAUUCAAAUCGAACGGGAUGCAGUUAAUGUUGUUUCUGGAA